AUGACGGGUAACUAUAAUCAUUCGUGCCGCCAGCUUGGCGUUGUUGCUGUUGUUGUUGACGGUAAUAGACGAGCUGCUGGAGAAGAACCUGAAGCUCCUCCUCGGCCACUUGAAUUUGAUAGCCGAGCACCCGUAAACUGGGUACUUCUCUCGCAUGGCGGCGUGGAAUUUAAUAGACUUUACGGCCAUGACUUGUUCGUGUGGGCCCAGAUUCUUGAGCAAAUUCUGCACGUGCUUGACUCCGAAAAGUCGGUGAACGUUCUGGAAAACUCUCGACUGGUCGGCAGGAAAGAAUGGUGCGAGAAUGCAGUCGGGGUUGCACCGCCGCCUCUGGUGCUUGCAGGCGGCGCAAGCCUGGCCGGAGCCGCUCUUGAGAGUCAUCUCGAGGCCCGGCAUAAUUUUAUUUUUUUUUUUUAA